GGACCGUACAUUGCACUUGCCGGGAGCCCUGGGGCCGAAUAAAGCGGAAAGAGAAAUUGUCGAGCAAACGCGUGUGGCCUUCUUCAAAUCCUCGAAAUUCGUCCUUUUGCCAGGAAAUAUCACCGAUAAUGGUCAAAGAAACAGCAUACUACGAUAUUCUCAAUGUCCCUCCUACGGCCACAGCGACUGAGAUUAAAAAGAGCUACAGAAAACUUGCUUUGAAGUAUCACCCAGACAAGAACCCCGACGAGGGAGACAGAUUCAAGCAGAUUUCCCAAGCAUAUGAAGUUCUGUCAGAUGAGAAAAAACGUAAAAUAUAUGACGAAGGUGGUGAGGACGCCAUUAAAGGCGGUGGUGAGGGUGGCGGCUUCCACUCCCCUAUGGACAUCUUUGACAUGUUUUUUGGCACUGGCCGUGCGGCGCAUCAAGGAGAGAGGCGUGGCAAAGAUAUGGUUCAUCAGUUGAGGGUUACACUAGAAGAGCUAUAUAAUGGAGCAACAAGGCAGCUUGCACUACAGAAAAAUGUUAUUUGUUCAAAGUGUGAUGGGCGAGGGGGUAAAGAGGGAUGUGUUGAAAGUUGUCAAACUUGUCAUGGUAGUGGCAUGUACGUCCGGAUUAACCGAAUCGCUCCUGGUAUGGUCCAGCAAAUACAAACUGUUUGCCGUGAUUGUGGGGGCAAGGGAGAAAAGAUCCCAGAGAAAGACCGUUGCAAAAACUGUCAUGGUAAAAAAGUUGUACGAGAGCGUAAGAUCUUAGAGGUCCACAUCGACAAGGGGAUGAAAGAUGGGCAAAAGAGGACAUUCUCUGGCGAGGGUGACCAAGAUCCUGGCAUUGAGCCCGGUGACAUUGUCAUUGUUCUGGACGAACAAGAGCACCCUGUGUUCAGACGACGCGGUGCAGAUUUGAUUAUCCAAAUGGAAAUAGAUUUAGUUGAAUCAUUGUGUGGCUUCCAAAAGACAAUAACAACUUUAGAUAAAAGGACGUUACUAGUGACCUCAAAACCAGGAAAUGUCAUAAAACCAGGCGACAUGAAGUCGAUUGAGGAUGAAGGCAUGCCCCAUCACCGUAAUCCCUUCCACAAAGGACGUCUUCUUAUACAGUUUGACGUAAAGUUCCCUGAGAAUGGAGUGCUGAAUCCAAAGAAUAUGGACAAGCUGGAGAAGCUGCUCCCCCCUCGCCCCGAAAUCAUCAUCCCGGAUGAGACCGAAGACGUCAUCUUGGAGAAAAUCGACCCUGAAGAGAACAGACGCAACCGCAGAGCGCAGUACAUGGGUAAUGCUUAUGACGAGGAUGAUGAAGACCAAGUGCCGCGAGGUGGUGUCCAGUGUCAAACCCAAUAACACACACCCCCCUCUACCGAAUCCCCGCUCCUCCCCCCCUCUACCGAAUCCCCGCUCCUCCCCCCCUCUACCGAAUUCCCGCUCCUCCCCCAAGGGAAAUCUGUACAAUAGUGCCCAUUAACUGGAGUAACUGACUUGAGACCAACGAAAGGCUUCGGUACAACACCACAGUGAAUAAGCUACAAGAACAGACUAUUGAGUAUUACUGCGUCCCGCUGUAAUGUUUUGCGAUUUUUCACUAAGACGGGUUUUAAGUGGGAUGUGUCCGCUACACCCACCUCUGGCUACGCGAUUUCUCAAUCUCUGUAAUCUGACAUAAAUAAAUGGAGAAGCCCUGAAUUUCCAUCCAAACCUCAACGUCGAUUACUAUAAAUUCUUCAUACAUGUUGUAACAUUUUCGUAUCAACAACUUUGUAAUACGUCAGUGAGUUGAAUUUUAAUUUAAAUCAAGGAAUGGGGUGCUACGUUCUGGGUCCUAUAUUCCCCUCCACCCGAAACGUAGGAAACAGGCCCUGCCACCCUUCCACGCAUAAAAGCAAACGCAUUGUCAGCCUGUUGAUUUUAAUGUUUUGAGAGUAAAACGUCAAAUAUGUUCGUCUUCCCCAAAUUAGUGGAGUCAAAACUUACCUAGUUUUUGGGACACACAUAAUAGGAAAGUUAGAAUAUGGUUUUCAAAAUCCAGUGAAAUACUAUUUCGUUUAUUUAGUACUAAUACACUAAUGUCUUAGUUCUCUUUUGUUCUGGCUUGACUAUUAAACUUUAACAAUUACAUUUUGUUGCACGGGAUUGUGAAAACCACUCUAUCUCGCUACUAACGUCGGCAUUGAUGGUUGUGCUGGCUACCUUCCUGCUGUCUCCAUGCAUGAGCAGUCAAUAUCUACUUAAAUCUGGUAACCAAACCUUCAAUUGUGGUGCUAUGAUGUCUUGGAUCUGGUAACCUAAUAUUGUGUGGUGCUAUGAUGUCUUGGAUCUGGGAACCUAAUAUUGUGGUGCUAUGAUGUUCUAGAGCUUACUGAUACUUGGGGGCCGUUUUAAUUGUUAUCGAAAAAAACAACAUUUUAUGUAUUGUGAAAUAAAUGAAACUUUAGUGUU